CAUUCCCAGAGGCAGCAGAUGUCCAACAGCAGCUCCAUCACCCACUUCCUCCUCCUGGCCUUUGCAGACACACGGGAGCUGCAGCUCGUGCACUUCUGGCUCUUCCUGGCCAUCUACCUGGCUGCCCUCCUGGGCAACGGCCUCAUCAUCACUGCCAUUGCCUGUGACCACCGCCUCCACACCCCCAUGUACUUCUUCCUCCUCAACCUCUCCCUCAUUGACCUGGUGUCCAUCUCCACCACUCUCCCCAAAUCCGUGGCCAGUUCUCUGUGGGACACCAGGACCAUUUCCUACUCGGGAUGUGCUGCCCAGGUUUUUUUCUUUGUUGCCUUGAUCUCAGCAGAGUUUUAUCUUCUGACAGUCAUGGCCUAUGAUCGCUACGUUGCCAUCUGCAAACCCCUGCACUACGGGACCCUCCUGGGCAGCAGAGCUUGUGUCCACAUGGCAGCAGCUGCCUGGGGCACUGGGUUUCUCACUGCUCUCCUGCUUGCGGCCAGUACAUUUUCAAUACCCCUCUGCCAGGGCAAUGUCCUCAACCAGUUCUUCUGUGAAAUCCCCCAGAUCCUCAAGCUCUCCUGCUCAGACUCAAACUACCUCAGGGAAGUUGGGCUUCUUGUGGUCAGUGCCUGUUUUGCAUUUGGCUGUUUUGUGUUCAUUGUGGUGUCCUAUGUGCAGAUCUUCAGGGCCGUGCUGAGGAUCCCCUCUGAGCAGGGUCGGCACAAAGCCUUUUCCACCUGCCUCCCUCACCUGGCCGUGGUCUCCCUGACUGUCAGUACUGGCAUAUUUGCCCACCUGAAGCCCCCCUCCAUCUCAUCCCCAUUUCUAGACCUAGUGGUUUCAGUUCUGUACUCGGUGGUGCCUCCAGCUGUGAACCCCCUCAUCUACAGCAUGAGGAACCAGGAGCUCAAGGAUGCCCUAUGGAAAGUGGCCCAGUGGAUGCUCUGUCACCGACAAUAA